GAGUUUUUGCCACAGACUUGAUUAAAUCUUUUAUAAAUGUAAAGUAUACAAAUCUAAAUAAAUAUAUCUAACUUAUCAAAAAAUACUUAGGUACUUAUGACUUUCUAAAUCAUUUCCGUUUUAUACCGAAAAACCGCAAGAAUAGGAUUAGGCCGAAUAGCGUGUUUACAAACUCUUUUCCUGUUUAAAAAAUCACAGCAUAAACAAAACAUGGCUAGCAAAACGUCAACGUCAAACUCGGGCGCUCGGCCGCUGGCGGCGGUCACGGAAACUUUGUUUUGAAUUAAAAUGUUCAAAUUACCGUUAAGAAAAUUGUAUUUUCUAGUGAAGCUAUGUUUUCUAUUCAUGGUAGUUUUAGUUACUUUGAGUUUAUUCGAAUACUGGCGCGGAGGAAGACGCGCUACGCGAGCCGUUAUACUGGACCCGGACGAUGAUCUCUUCGAGAGGCAGAUUCUUGAGGAUGAGGCUCGGAUAAUCCCUGGUUUGGGCGAAGGUGGCAGGCCUGCAUACCUCACCGGCGAAGACAAGCGUUUAGGAGAAGAAGCGGAGAAGAAAUACGCCGUUAACACCUAUUUGAGCGAUCGCAUUGCGUACAACAGGACUUUAAAAGAUUUCCGUAAUCCAGCGUGUGAGCGCGUUACGUACGACGCGGAGCUGCCUUCCACUUCCGUCAUCAUCAUCUUCCACAACGAGCCAUAUUCUGUUGUCAUCAGAACGAUAUGGAGUGUCCUAAAUACAGCGAGGAGGGACCAGCCGUGGCACCGGCGAGCCAACUACCUCGAGCGAGGCACCGGGCGGGUCAUGAAACUCGGUUACCCAGGUCAACCCGAAGACUCCGAGCACGUGUACCUAAAAGAAAUCAUCUUAGUCGACGACAACUCCACCCUCCCCGAGCUGCGCGGGAAGCUGGCGCGCUACAUCAGAACCAGGCUACCCCUCGACAUGGUGCGCGUGCUGCGGCUGCCUGACAGGAUAGGCCUGACGCGCGCCCGCCUGGCCGGCGCCCGCUACGCGAGCGGCGACGUGCUCAUCUUCCUCGACGCCCACUGCGAGGGCGUCACCGACUGGAUGCGGCCCAUGCUGCAGCGCAUCAAGGACGCGCCGACGGCCGUCGUCAUGCCCAUUAUAGACGUGGUCGAACACAAGGACUUCCUCUAUAGCGUGCAGGAUCCCGCCGUGUUCCAGGUUGGCGGCUUCACGUUCGUGGGGCACUUCACCUGGAUCGACGUGCCGGAGCGGGAGAAGAAACGUCGAGGCUCCGACAUCGCCCCUACCUGGUCCCCAACUAUGGCGGGCGGUCUGUUCGCGAUCCGCCGGGAAUACUACUGGGAGCUGGGAGCGUAUGAUGAGCAGAUGGCCGGCUGGGGCGGAGAGAACCUGGAGAUGAGCUUCCGCAUCUGGCAGUGCGGCGGCACCUUAGAAACGAUCCCUUGCUCCCGUGUGGGACACGUGUUUCGCGCGUUCCACCCGUACGGUCUCCCGGCCAACAGCGACACGCACGGAAUCAACACGGCGCGUAUGGCGGAAGUGUGGAUGGACGAAUACGCAGAGCUGUUCUACCUGCACCGGCCCGAUCUGCGCAAAAAUCCAAAAAUCGGCGACGUAACACAUCGCAAGAUCCUUCGUGAGAAACUCCACUGCAAAAGCUUCCAGUGGUUCCUGGACAACGUGUACCAGGAGAAGUACGUGCCCGUGCGGGACUCGCAGGCGUUCGGCAGAGUUUCGAACGUCGCAACCAACCUUUGCCUCGACACGAUGCAGCGCGAGGGAGAGGCGACGCCGCUCGGUUUCUAUCCUUGUCACGCACAGCUGACUGACACGCAGUUCCUGUCUCUGUCAAUCGCAGGGCAGUUGAGAGACGAAGAGAGAUGCGCUGAAAUACAGUUUGUGAGUUUCAGGAAGAGGUUCCUGCACAUGAUCAAGGCGCUGUUCGCGGGCGCGCACCUGUCGGACGAGGACGAGAGCGCGGCGCGGGUGGUCGUCAUGGUGGCCUGCCGGGACAGAUUUGCUGCCAAAAUGCAAUGGCGGCACAUCGCCGCGACGGGGCAGCUGCAGCACGCGGACUCGGGGCUGUGCGUGGACGCGCGCGGCGCCCGCGCCGGCGACGACGCGCGCGCGCGCCCGUGCGCGCCCGACGACCUGCCCUCGCAGCGGUGGACGUUCGAUUACGACGGAGAGAAUUCACAUCCCGGAGUGCUCCCUGCAGAGUUAGAGAAGCGACUUAGCAAAAUAAAGGGACAGCGCCGCAAGUCGCGCUCGCUGCUGUCCGUGUCCGCGGAGGGGGGCGGGGCCGGGGUCGGGGGCGGGGACGCUGACGAGGGGAGGGGCGGGGCGAGGGAGGGGGCGCGGGCCCGCGCGCCGCGCGCCAAGCGCCGCCGCCGCACAAAGAAGAAGCAGAAGCGCAUCCACAAGAACAAAUUCAUCGUGACGGUGGAGCGAACACUGCAAAACAACAGCGUGGAACAUCUGGAGAUGGACAUACACUGCAAGCAUCGGAGAUUGUACCCUAACAACAGCUUCGUCAGGGACUUGGUCUCCAUCCUCAAUGACAAGGAUAUACGGGUGAUCAACAACGGGCGCGUGUUCGAAAAGAACAAGGUCACUGACCUCAAGGACCUGCGGAACCAGGAACGUGUCCACACCACACCGGAGCCUGACGACGGGUCGCCGGAAGCUACCAUAGUGGGUAUCAUACCUGAUUCACUCCAUCAUCUUAAGGUGACGAACAAUAGUCACAAGAACAAGGUCACUGACCUCAAGGACCUGCGGAACCAGGAACGUGUCCACACCACACCGGAGCCUGACGACGGGUCGCCGGAAGCUACCAUAGUGGGUAUCAUACCUGAUUCACUCCAUCAUCUUAAGGUGACGAACAAUAGUCACAAGAACAAGGUCACUGACCUCAAGGACCUGCGGAACCAGGAACGUGUCCACACCACACCGGAGCCUGACGACGGGUCGCCGGAAGCUACCAUAGUGGGUAUCAUACCUGAUUCACUCCAUCAUCUUAAGGUGACGAACAAUAGUCACAAGAACAAGGUCACUGACCUCAAGGACCUGCGGAACCAGGAACGUGUCCACACCACACCGGAGCCUGACGACGGGUCGCCGGAAGCUACCAUAGUGGGUAUCAUACCUGAUUCACUCCAUCAUCUUAAGGUGACGAACAAUAGUCACAAGAACAAGGUCACUGACCUCAAGGACCUGCGGAACCAGGAACGUGUCCACACCACACCGGAGCCUGACGACGGGUCGCCGGAAGCCACCAUAUCCAUAGUGCGUGUAUUAUACCUGAGGGCCUAGCCUGAAUGACAAAUCGUUGAUAAAAAACGCCAAUCUAAACAUAAAUAAUGCUUUUUUUUAAUACCACGAGGGUGGCAAACAAACAUACGGCUCGCCUGAUGUUAAGCAGUCACCGUAGCCUAUGGGCGCCUGCAACGCAUGGAAAUAGUCAUGACUUUUUGUAGAUAUUCCGAUGUUUUUUUUCUUUUCCUUUGUCAUUAUCGAUGUACGAUUGUCAUUUUGGCUAGGCCUCCUGACCUUUCAACGGACGGGAGUAUAGGCCCUCUUGGGCACUCCAGUUUCCUGAUGAUGAAAAACCGUGGUUAGAAACUCACGCUCCGGAUGGAAAGUCGCACGUUCUUACCGUUAUGCUACUCGUACUAAAGCUCUCUGGACUGGAAAUAAACAUUGAAGUGGAUAAGUACCAGCAGUAGUAAACAUAAAUGGCUGUAGUCUUCUGUGCGGUGGAGGUACUUGCCCAGUUGGGCGCUCCAGAUUUCACUAUG